CGCAAGUGGAGAACGUCUUUGUCACUUUCGUCCAGCCACGUUCCAGCGGUCGUCCCACGUCUCUAAACAAGUCGUCUCUCAAACGAAACAGGUAUCGUGGCUACACCUAGGUAUUGCGCUCGCAAGGACAGGCUGUCUCGCAGUAGGGUCGGAGCGCCAUCUUCUCCCCCCGCUCUAUAUGAAAUGAGUAGCCGUUUCGACUCGGGCUCGCUCUUAUCACGCAGUCGAGCAGGGGCUGACAUGUCCCGUGGUGGCAACGACGCCGUUCCGCUACUGCCGCGGACGUCGGAGGGGAACCUAUUCCCGGAACGAACGGACGGCCGACCGGCGGUCACAAUCGCCCGGAGAGCGAAAGCAGCGCCACCGCCGCCAAGAUGGCUGUCGCUGGAGUUCGUCGCGUACUAUGCGGUUAUCAUCGUCGGUUUGCCGGCUCUAUUUAGGUGCGCUUGGGGAUUCAGUGAUGAGAGCCACCCCUCAUAUGCCAAAUACAGCCGCAAAUUGUCCAAAGGAUGGAUGCUGGGUCGCAAAGUGGACAACAGCGAUUCCCAAUAUGCCUCUUUUCGUAACAACAUGGUGUUACUGGCGCAAGUGGCAGUAGGAUACCUCAUUCUGUCGCAUGCGGUUCAGAGGAGGGGACCGCGAUUCCGGCCGCUUUUCAGCCUCGCGUUCUCGUUGAUCUUUCUUGGAGCGAUCCACGGGUCCUCCCUGCUGAAGAUUCUGGCAAUCACCGGUGUCAACUUUCUUAUCACGUCGACGAUCGGGCACCUACGUCUUGGAGUAGCUUUGACGUGGAUUUGGAGUGUGGGCAUCUUGUUUGCCAACCAAGAGUUCAAAGGGUAUCGCUAUGGAUCACUCUCUCCGUCUUUGGCUUGGCUGGACCAAGUCCAGGGUUUCAACAUGCGGUGGUGGGUGACGUUCAACUUCACGACACUACGGAUGAUAUCUUAUAGCAUGGACUACUAUGCGCUCACGUCGGAAACGCGCGACAAAUCGAAAGCCGAGUUCCAUCGCCAAACAUGUUCAGAGUGUUCCUCAGCAGUUCAUCCAGGAGAGCAAUGCUCCCGGGCGCGCGUGCAGGGUCCCCUCCGAGCGGCAGAAUACUCCCUCGUAAACUAUUUCUGCUAUCUGCUCUACGUACCGCUGUAUCUCGCAGGGCCCAUCAUCACAUACAACGAUUUCAUUGCGCAACUGCGGUAUCCACCGCGGGGGAUCACAUUCAAGGGCACGGCCCUGUACGCUGUGCGGUGGAUGGCAGCUACAUUGUUAAUGGAGUGGAUGCUGCAUACUAUCUAUGUGGUGGCCAUUAAGGACACCAAGGCGUGGGAGGGAUUCAGUCCGUUCCAAAUGAGUAUGGUCGGGUACUUCAAUUUGAAGCUGAUAUGGCUGAAGCUUCUCAUAAUCUGGCGCUUCUUCCGCCUCUGGGGCAUGGCCGAUCGGGUCGAAACAACCGAAAACAUGACCCGCUGCAUGUCCGACAACUACUCCGCAAUGGAGUUCUGGCGGUCCUGGCAUCGCUCCUUCAACCGCUGGCUGAUCCGCUACAUGUACGUCCCCCUCGGCGGGUCGCGGUACUACGCCCUCAACAUCUUCCCUACCUUCACCUUUGUUGCUAUAUGGCAUGAUAUUUCGCGGAAGUUGUUGACAUGGGGGUGGUCGGUGUCGUUGUUCAUAUUGCCGGAGUAUGUGCUGAGGAUGGUAUUUGCUAAUGAGCGGUGGCGCCAGAAGCUCGGCCCAACGACAUACCGGCACAUAACAGCCUCCGCAGCGGUGGUAAACAUCAUCCUGAUGAUGAUUGCCAACCUCGUCGGUUUCGCGGUCGGCGUCGACGGCGUGAAGGAGAUGUUGGGCCAGAUCUUCAAUGCAAAUGGCAUCAUCUUCGUGAUCAGCACCUUUGUCGCCCUGUUCUCCGCCGUACAGCUCAUGUUCGAGCUUCGGAAUGAGGAAGAGCGGCGAGGGUGGCAGAAAUGAUUGAGACGGUUUUGGAAGUCAAUGUCUCUUUGACGAACCGAGGUGGUCUGCCGAAAGACUUCCGAAGCGGGAAUUACCUAGGACUUGGCAAUCAAGUCGCCAGGAGGGUGGCAUCAUUAUUCAUCAUGUUCAAGUAGUUAUCAAACAUUCUGUCGCCUAUGCAUCA